AUGGCGGGAAAAUUCUACGCGUGUUUUGGCCUUUUUCUGGUUUUCGUCAUGGUCUUCAAACCCUCGUAUUCUGCUCCAAGAGUAGAGAGACACGUUACUUGCUUGACUAGGAAUAUCGAGGAUGAAACCCCCAGAAGCAACAGACCGCCUUGCCGUGCUAUCUACAACAUAACCAGCGGCGCUUUCAAAACAGGCGUUUGUCUCAACCCGGCAGACUGCCAGGAAAACACGUUCUUUGUCGAUGGCCGCAAAAUCUUGGCUUACUGUUUCCCUUACGACUCGACAGAUAUUUCCACGGUUGCGAAUGCUAAUGAUUAGGAGAGUGUCGUUGGUAAAGAGUAAAUGAGGGUUUUAUUAUUACUGAUGUUGUUGUUAUUAC